UUUUCCAACUGAGAAUCCUUUUUUGGUUAAGUUCUGGAGUUCCUUUGCCUAGGAACUUCAGAAAUAGUAUCUUGGACACUCUCCUCCAGGAGACUAGCACUAUUUUGUUUGCUUUAUUUGUAGAUGUGGUUUUAUUCUUGUAUUAUACACUAUUUAUAUGCCUUUCAUAUAAAACAAACGCUGGUUUAACAGUGGUAUGGGCAGGCGUCAGUGGGGGUGAUAUUGAGCACUCUUAUAAAAUGCUUUCAUCCACACUAGGGAAUGAAGCUAUAGCACGUUUCCUCCCUCAAACAUGGUGUGGGAACUAGGAAUAUUGGGGCAUUGGGACUCUCUGGUCCCUGCUUGUCCUAGAUACAGAGCUGGCUAUACAAUGCCUCCAUGGGGAGGACCUGUUGGGAGGACCUUAGGCCCAAGUUGUGUACUUACCCCAGGGUAGCUGUGGCCAAGGCAUGAGCUCAGAUGAGGGGGGAACUUCUGGGAGCAUCCAGGGUGGGAGCCUGGGUCCCUUGUCAGCCCAGCUUCCCCUGGAGUAUCCUGCAUGUAUUACCUCUGAUAUAUUGAAAACUCCACCAAAAAAAUAUUGUAGUUUUUGCUUUCAGCUGUGCUGCAUAUUUUGAAGGACUUAGGAAAACUAGUCUAUUAUAUUUACCCAGAUAUUUACUGUUUUUGUUGCUCAUUCUUCAUUCCUGAGAUUUUAACUUUCUCUCUGGUAACAUUUCCCUUUUGCUUGAAGAACUACUUUUAGUAUAUCUUUUAGAGCAUGUUUGCUAGUGACAAAUUCUUUUACUUCAUUUGACAGUAUAUUUUGCAUCAUUACUGAAAUAUGUUUUUAUUGGAGAUAGAAAUUCUGGAUUGACAGUUCUUUUUUCACUAUUUAUUAAAAAACUAUUCGGGCAGCCCCGGUGGCACAGCGGUUUAGCGCUGCCUGCAGCCCAGGGCGUGAUCCUGGAGACCCUGGAUCGAAUCCCAUGUCAGGCUCCCUGCAUGGAGCCUGCUUCUCCCUCUGCCUGUGUCUCUGUCUCUCUUUCUCUCUCUGUGUGUGUCUCUACGAAUAAAUAAAAAAAAUAAAAUCUUAAAAAAAAACAAACUAUUCCAUUGUCUUCUGACCUUCAUUGUCUUUGAGGAGAAAUCCUCAUUCAAGUAGGUGUUGUUUCUGUGUGUAAUCCAGCGUUUCUUUUUGAUGUUGUGAAUGAAGGCCUUGCUUCUGUAUCUAUUUUUUUUUUUUUGUCAAUCUCCAUUUUAAAAAAAUGCCUACCAGUGUUGAGGAAAAAUGUUUUGGAUAAUUAUUUUAGAUCAUAAAAUGGUGAGGUUGGUCUCUUUCUUUCUUUUAAAGAUUUAUUUAUUUAUUUUAGAGAAAAGAUGUAUGUGAGCUGGGGGAAUGAGCAGGGGGAGAGGGUAAAGGAGAGAAGCAGACUCCUGGCUGAGUGUGGAGCUGGACAUGGGGGUGGAUCUCAUGACCCUGAGAUCACAACCUGAGCCAGAAACCAAGCUAUGGAUGCUUAAUCUACUGAGCCACCCAGGUACCCCAAGGUUAAUCUUUUAACCAUUAAGUUGUACUUGAACUCAAAAGACUGUUUUGUCCUUCUUUUUUCUACUUUGAAUUAGAUUCUUUAUUUCAAAGAAAAUAAAUGUAGAUUAACAUUUGGUGUCCGAAUAUAGCUGUAGCUGUUUAUAACAAACUUUAUUUAUUUAUAAAGAUUUUAUUGAUUUAUUCAUGAGAGACACACAGAGAGGGACAGAGACAGAAGUAGAAGGAGAAGUAGGCUCCCUGUGGGGAGCCUGAUGUGGGACUCCAUCCCAGGAUCCCGGGAUCAUGACCUGAGCCUAGGGCAGAUGCUCAACCACAGAGCCACCCAGCUGUCCCAACAAACUUGAUUUAAAUAACAAUUCUGGGGAUCCCUGGGUGGCGCAGCAGUUUGGCGCCUGCCUUUGGCCCAGGGCACGAUCCUGGAGACCCGGGAUCGAAUCCCACGUCGGGCUCCCGGUGUAUGGAGCCUGCUUCUCCCUCUGCCUAUGUCUCUGCCUCUCUCUCUCUCACUGUGUGCCUAUCAUAAAUAAAUAAAACAAAACAAAACAAAAAAAACAAUUCUGGGGAGUCUGAUUCUUGGUUUCAGCUCAGGUUGUGAUCUCAGUGUCCAGGGACUGAUCCCCAUGUUGGGCUCCGUGCUCAGUGGGGAGCCUGCUUGAGGACUGUCUCUCUCUCUCUCUCUCUCUCUCUCUUUCUCUCUCUCUCUGCCCUUCCCCGCUCUUUAAAAUAAAUACAUCUUAAAGAAAUGUUUUUCUGACAGUUUCUAGAGCAUAACAUGGAACUGGUUUGGGGACAGUAUAUAUCUAAUAGGCAUUCUUUUUAGGACUUGACUAGAACCUAAGUGCUACUCAGUUCUGGAAUAAAUUCUGGUCCAUCCUCUUUCCCUACCCCAAUGCUGUCUGCCUAAUCUUAUCUGGCUUAUUACAGAUUUGUUCUAUGUUGUAGACAUUGGUGACCUUCAAAGAUAUACUUGUGAACUUUACCAGGGAGGAGUGGAAGCUGCUGGACUCUUCUCAGCAGAUCAUGUACAAAGAUGUGAUGCUAGAGAACUAUAAGAACCUGAUUUCCUUGGCUUCCCAAACCAGAUGUGAUCCUCCAGUUGGAGAAGGGGGAAGAGCCAUGGCUGGUGGAGAGAGUGAUUCACCGGGAGACCCAUCCAGAUUUGGAGACUGCAGUUGAAAUUAAAUCAUCAAUUUCCAGUAAGAACAUUUCUAAAGAUAAACAAUCCUAUGGCAUUAAAAUGGAAGGAAUUGCAAAGACUGAUCUUUGGUAUUUGUCAUUAGAAGAAGUCUGGAAAUGUGAAGACGAGUUAGACAAGUAUCAGGAAAACCAGGAGAGACAUUUGAGGCAAGUGACAUUUACCCAAAAGAAAGUACUUACUCAGGAAAGAGUCUGUGACAAUGGUAAACAUGGGGGAAACUGUCUUCUUCCUACUCAGCUGGUACUGAGAGAGUAUUUCCAUAAACAUGACUCACAUACUAAAAGUUUAAAACAUAAUUUAGUUUUUAGUGGUCAUCAGGAAAGCUAUGCAAGUAACAGUGACUGUGGUCAAACCUUUUGUCAAAACAUUCACCUUAUUCAGUUUGCUAGACCUCAGCCAGGAGGGAAGUCCUACAAAUGCCCUGAUCCUGUUAAUUCUCUUGCUGGUGGUACAUCGUUUGAUAUAUCGAAGGGUAUACAUAGGGAGAAACCCUAUGAAUGUAAGGAAUGUGGAAAAUUCUUCAGCUGGCGCUCUAAUCUUACGAGGCACCGGCUUAUUCAUACUGGAGAAAAACCCUAUGAGUGUAAAGAAUGUGGAAAAUCUUUCAGCCGGAGUUCUCACCUCAUUGGACAUCAGAAGACUCACACUGGUGAAGAACCCUAUGAAUGUAAAGAAUGUGGGAAGUCCUUUAGCUGGUUCUCUCACCUUGUCACCCAUCAGAGAACUCACACAGGAGACAAAUUGUACACGUGUAGUCAGUGUGGGAAAUCUUUUGUUCACAGCUCCAGGCUUAUUAGGCACCAGAGAACUCAUACUGGAGAGAAACCGUAUGAGUGUCCUGAGUGUGGGAAGUCUUUCAGGCAGAGCACACAUCUCAUUCUGCAUCAGAGAACUCAUGUGAGAGUGAGGCCUUACGAAUGUAAUGAGUGUGGCAAGUCUUACAGCCAGAGAUCUCACCUUGUGGUGCACCACAGAACUCACACUGGACUGAAGCCCUUUGAGUGUAAAGACUGUGGAAAAUGCUUCAGUCGAAGCUCUCACCUAUUCUCCCACCAGAGAACCCAUACUGGAGAGAAACCAUAUGAGUGCCACGAUUGUGGGAAAUCCUUCAGCCAGAGUUCUGCUCUGAUUGUGCAUCAGAGAAUUCAUACUGGAGAGAAACCAUAUGAAUGUUGCCAGUGUGGGAAAGCCUUCAUCCGGAAGAACGACCUUAUUAAGCAUCAGAGAGUUCAUGUUGGGGAAGAGUCCUAUAAAUGUAAUCAGUGUGGGAUUAUCUUUAGCCAGAAUUCUCCACUAAUUGUACAUCAAAUAGCCCACACCGGAGAGCAGUUCUCAACAUGUAACCAGUGUGGGACAGCACUUGUCAAUAGCCCUAACCUUAUUCAAUACCAGACCAACCAUAUCAGAGGAAAUUCUUAUUAAUACAGUGAAUGUGGAGAGUUCUUUAUGAAGAGCAAUAACUUCAUUUUGCAUUGGAAACUCCUUCUAGAGUUUCUAGAGAGAAGCUGUAUAGAUGUAAUCUGUGCGGAAGUGUUUUCAAUCUUGUUGCCACCCUUUUGUGCACUAGAGAAUUGGUCCUAGAAGGGGAAAUAACCCACAGAUUUCAGUUUAGUACACAAAUACUCAGCUUUUCUUUCUACAAAUUCCUACAAAAGCAAUUGUCCUUGGAGCAUUCUUGACCAAGCCUUAAAAUGCUAAAAUCUGAGAAGGAACCAUGAAGUAGGUGAGUUGUGGAGAGAUUAUCCAGCUUUUUUUACCUUCUUCAGAAAGAUAAAUCAAGAGUUGCCACUGCAAAGAAUCAAAAAUUGAUACAGUUAUUGUAACAAAAGUGGAAAAUUGUA